GUGUGAGGGGGAGUUAUUUUUUGCACCUGUCGCCCUCCGGCGCAGACGCAGUGCUGGCAGCAGCCCGCAUGCGCGGUUGCCCCCGGGCCGCGGCACCAUGGACGACGAGGAGGAGACGUACCGGCUCUGGAAGAUCCGCAAGACCAUCAUGCAGCUUUGUCAUGACCGUGGCUACCUGGUGACCCAGGAUGAGCUGGACCAGACACUCGAGGAGUUCAAGGCACAGUUUGGCGACAAACCUAGCGAAGGGAGACCGAGGCGCACAGACCUCACCGUGCUGGUGGCCCACAAUGACGACCCCACAGACCAGAUGUUUGUGUUCUUCCCAGAGGAGCCCAAGGUGGGCAUCAAGACCAUCAAGGUGUACUGCCAGCGCAUGCAGGAGGAGAACAUCACGCGGGCGCUGAUCGUGGUGCAGCAGGGCAUGACGCCGUCCGCCAAGCAGUCCCUGGUGGACAUGGCCCCCAAGUACGUCCUGGAGCAGUUCCUGCAGCAGGAGCUGCUCAUCAACAUCACGGAGCACGAGCUGGUCCCUGAGCAUGUGGUCAUGACCAAGGAGGAGGUGACGGAGCUGCUGGCCAGAUACAAGCUUCGUGAGAGCCAGCUGCCCAGGAUCCAGGCCGGGGACCCAGUGGCACGCUACUUUGGGAUCAAGCGAGGACAGGUCGUGAAGAUCAUCCGACCCAGUGAGACCGCCGGCCGCUACAUCACCUACCGCCUGGUCCAGUAGCCAGCGCAGGGGAGCCCCGCCAUAGCGCGCGUCCCCAGCCUCCCCAGAUGAGCUGCCUCCCCAGCCAGCACACUGCCUGCCUCGUCCCCGCCCAGGACACCACCCCAUUCUGAAAAGGAGGACUGUUGGGUGAGACGCCUCGGCCGCCCAGCCUGGCCGCCCAAGUGGACCCCCUUGGUGGAAGGAGAGACUGACUCCGGCAGGCCGUCCUCUGACUCACACACACCAUGGCAGCUGCACGUGUACCCACAAAAAUUAAAACCAAUGGCAGGCCCGUCCUUAAUCCCAGCACUCAGGAGGCAGAGGCAGGUGGAUCUCGUGAGUUCCAGGGCAGCCUGGGCUACAUCCUGAGAUCUUAUUUAAAAAAUCAAACAAACUGUACUGUUGCCAGGUUAGAUCCUAGCACUCUGGAGUCUGAGGCAGGAGGAUUGCUGCAACUUCAAGUUUGUGGACUCUUUAUUUUAGCAAGAAGUGGUCCAGCGCCAGCGUUCUGGACCCUCGUCUGAAAAACAGUAAACAGGAACCCCACACAGCAUGGGUCAUGCUCUGGGACCCCUGGGAGCCAGCUGAUCUGUGCCCCAGCUCCCCAGCACCCUCCUGCCUGGCACCCUGAUGAACAGUUGGCCAGUGUCUCGGGGGAUGCCGCCCUGGAUAAGGCCAGCACUGCCACCAGGCACUGUGCACCCCAAGAGCACUGGCCACACCCAAGUCCUUUGUCACUCUGGGGUCCCCAUCCUGCUUAGAGUUCUCCAUUCUCGUAGGACUCUGUUUUGAGAAUUAAAGAUAUUUUGAGGAGAUAAA